CUAAAAAAAAAAUAUCUAAGAUAACGAGCGCACGUUAGCUAACACCACCGCGAAAAUCCCACCGUAUCACGCCUCCAAAACGCAGCGUAUCAUGGCCGCCUCGUCUGAGCCGCUUGACCUAGUCGUAACCGUCGUCUCCGCCAAGCACCUGAAGAACGUCAACUGGCGCAACGGAGACCUGAAACCCUACGUCGUUCUCUACCUCGACUCUGAUCACCGCGUCUCCACUCGCUCCGACGAUUCCGCCAAACCGGUGUGGAACGAGCGGGUCACUCUCCCUCUCACCCGAUCCGUCCACGAAUCGGUCCUCAACGUCGAGAUUCUCCAUUCCGAUGCGGCGAAAACGCUCGUCGGAUCGGUUAGGUUUCCUCUGGUUCGGUUGGUUGACUCGGAGGGGGCGAUGGUUCCCGAAUCGAUCAGCUCGCUCGAGCUUCUCCGUCCCUCGGGGAGGACUCAAGGGAAGAUACGAUUGAAGCUCGCGAUCAAGGAGCGACCGAUACCUCCGCCGCAGCGUCCUCAAUCGCAACCGAGAGAUUACUAUUCUGCCCCUCAAGGAAACCAUUAUUACUCCCCAAGCCCUCCUCCAGCUCCGAUCACCUCCCCCUACAGAGAAUUCUCACCCUCACCCUCUCCGUCUCCGUCUCCUUAUCCGUUCACCGAUCACUACUAUUCCGGAUUCUAUUACCCGCCUCCUCCGCCGCGUUCGAUGUACGAUCGGGCCUCCAAUUACGGCCAGCCAUCUGCUCCAGUCGAUCUUCCUUUAGCUCCUCCUCGGUUUCCACAGCCCAAUGGGCCUUCAGCUCCCGUCGAGGCCUUUCAAAUGAACGAGUAUAAGCCGCAGGUGGGCUCGCGGUUGUCCAGCUACGGAGUGCCAAGCGGCCCAUCGGCUCCAGUCGAUUACUCUCCGUUUGAUCACAGGCAGUUGCAGAAGACGAUGGGUGGGUUGAGCUUGGAGGAAGAGAGAGGUGCUGCAGAGAGGUCUGAGAGCGAGUUUGGAGCUAGGCCGCCGAGCUACAGCUACGGCCGAGAGUAUCGCCGUGAAUGUUAGAAAGCUGUGGAGUUUCAUCAAAUGUGUGAUGAAGAAGUUGUGGAAUUUCAUUAAAGUGUGUGAACGUUUUUAAGGCUCUGCUAUCAUCAGAUUUUACCUUCGUGUUGGUGUUUGGUGAAUUUCCUCGGAAGAUAUGAUAUGCCCCUAUAUGUAUGUAUUGUUUGCGAAAUUGAUAUCAUUUGCUUCUUUUCUCGUUGUUUAUGUAUGUAUCUGAAGAACAAGAGAGGUACAUAAGGUGUCACCCCUUAUGUACCUUUGUAAAUGUUUCUAAAACAACUCUAGUUUCGUCUCUUGUUUCAACUUUUUGCAAUGAUUUGCUCAACUUUUUGAACCA